UUUACUUCCGGUUUACUGACGUGUUGAUCGUUCAAUGGAGAGAAUCUCUGGAGGACCACGGACGUCAACAUCUGUUUCCAGUGGUCGUGUCCAGAGAAUUAUUCGUAUUUUGCACAGAUUGUCAAGAAUAAUGCUGGUCCUGAUAUUAGCAUUGAUGUUCCUGAUUUACACGCAGGAUGGAGAAAGUUUCCAUCAAAAGCAGAUAACACGAGAGGCAGCGCCUCCUAGACACUUCUUCCCACCCCACUGCAAGGUGGCUGACUUCCCAUACGGGGAACUUGCACCAGUUGUGAAACUGCUGGAAGAUGAGGAGUUCAUCUUUGUGAUGUAUUAUGCCCCAUGGUGUGCAGAGUCUAUCAAGGUCCGAGAGGAAUUCAUACAGGCCGCAAAAGUCCUUUCUAGCACAGUGAAGUUUGUUGCAAUCAAUUGUUGGCAUCACAAGGGCGAAUGUCGCCAGAGAAUGAAAUUCUUCUCCUUCCCAGAACUGUUUGUGUAUCAUACAGGAGUCAUGGAUGGAUACCGAUUUACAGGACAGAAGCAGGCUGAGUACUUGGUCAAGUUUGUGGAGAGUUUCCUGUACCCGUUGAAGCCCCUGUACUCAGUGGUAGAGCUGGAUGAGUUCUCAGUGCAGGGAGAUAACACAGUGAUUGGGUAUUUUGAUUUCAACUCGUCCCCACAACCCCCUGGCCAAGAUUACUACCAGUUCUAUCUUGCAGCUCUUCGGGUCAUAGCUUUAGAUUUUUACCAACCAGUGAAUUUCGGUGUGGUUGUCACUAAAAAACUUGCAGCGUAUGUAGACAUUGAAACUCCAGGAAGGUUGAUAUUUGGUCGUCUAGGAAACAUCACUCUUAAGUACCCUCCAGCAUUCAACAUGACAGCCCGUAACAUCAGCAACUGGAUACUGCAUCACAAACAGAAGAGCCAAUCGCCCUGGCUGGUUCCCCCAGGGGUGAAGAGUCUCACAUUGUCUGUGCCCAUGCAGCAGGGAGCCACGGUGUUCCUGUUUGGGCCCACUAACUCCCUGCUGAACGUUAAUCCUUACUAUGAUAUGGUGCGAUUUGCUAGUCUAGCAUACCAAACUUGUGGUAAUAAAACCAAUGUCUACAAUAAGGCAAUGCGCCUCUACCUUCAUAACAGUAUUUCAAGAAUGGAAACAGCAAAACAAUUCCACAAAAAGUGCCUUAAGAUGAAGUCUCCCAAUUAUUACUCCAACUUUCCCUCAUUGACUUCAAGGUGCUGUGUUUCAUUGUUAUCGAAACAAAAGACAUCAGAACACAAGUCCUACUGUGAAUACUGUGUGCAUCAACCACUUGGCAGUAGAGACACAGUCUGUGACCUGGAUUUGGAGUCAAACGUGAAACCAGACUGGUCUUCAAAUCUGCUUAAUUCAUGCUCUGACUUUUAUCAGUUUUAUAAUGUUAACAAGCAUAAUUCAGUGUGCUGUCAAGAAAGUACUGCCUUUUCUUUAAUCCCAAAAUCAACCAAUAGAUACAGAAGAAACACUGAUCCCUAUGUUGUAAAUGGUGAAACUACUUUUAUGAAACAGUAUCACAAUAAAUUAACAUUACAAAAAUCCAAGUCUCUACUACCAUUGAAUGAUUUAAUUGAAAGUGCAACAAAUCCAAAAGAUUUGAAUUCCAGACAGUUUACUGGCUUACAGUGUCGAACAAACAAAACGGUGAGUUUCUACUACGUAGAUAGUGUUUAUAAUUCUGCAUUCCUGGAGAGGCUUGGCAUCCAGUCUACACAUUCCAGUCAUAGUGCGCCGUCUGUGAUACUUGUUGAUCUAGAUGAUGAGGCUGUCUUCACACUUAAUAAGGACGUCACCUAUCAGAACCUGGUUAGAUUUGUAGUAAACUACACGUCUGGCCUCCUGGUGCGCAGUCGUCAAUCCAGUGAUGGAACCAGUCCAAGUGAGUGUGGGUCUGGUACUCAGCGCAGUGUGUGCCUUCAUGAGGUCACUGCCAGCACCUUCCACACAGAUGUGCUCAAUAACACACAGGACGUGGUGCUGUUGUUCUACACUCCUUGGUGUGGCUUCUGUCGCCAGGUGGCUCAGUCUCUCCUCACUAUUGCCUCCUACUUCAGGAACAGUAACAUCCUGUUUGCCAGAGUGAAUGCAGACCAGAAUGAUCUCCCCUGGGAGUUUACUGUAGACAGGUUCCCUACUGUCAUAUUCUUGCCUGCACACAGAAAAUUUGACAGUGUGGUGUUCCCAGAAAAGAAACCAAAAUCAAUCCCCAACCUUCUUAAGUUCAUUCUUCACUAUGCAAACUUCUCCCUGCAAUUUGACACAGCAGUGGGUAUGUGCACUGAGCAGUGCAUACAGACAAACAGGAAGAAAGUGUUGUUGAGAAUCGGUGAAUUGGAGCGCUCUAUUCAGCGAUUGCAGAGGCGGGGCAUGGCAUUGGCCCAAGUGUUGCCAAGUAAUCAACAGCAGCAGGCAUAUUUGAACUAUGCAAGAUCUGUGGUAAUACAAUCAAGAGACAGCAAGAGGUUGAAAUUACGCAAGUCACAGCUACUGAACGGAUAUUUACAAAAGAAUUGGAAGCAUAUAGAUAAAAAAAUGAUGUUAAAAUAUUUAGAAGAAUCAAAUUUAUGAUUCUUUAAAUAUGUGUUUGAAUAGAGAAGUAAUGCAGAUUUGAUUAGACCAAAUUAUUUUAUUACAAUAGUGAGUUUUAAUAUCGGUAAAUAAAAAAUGUUAUUAAAAACAGAUUCUUAACUAGUCAAAAUAGCAUAUUUACUGAUUGUAGAUAUAAUAUUGUUUCUGAACAAAUAUACCUCUGUUGAAAGGAUUUGCAGUACCAAUACUUAAUUGUUUUGCUCAAUUUAUGUUGUCAGCUUUACCUAGUCUUGCGUGGUUAGUGAAAAAAGAAAUGCUCAGAUAAAUUUUAACUUCUUGAAAUUGGUAAACUUAAUUUCAACAAAUUCAUAUUUAAUAAUUACAUCAAGAUUUGUAUGCUCCGAAGGAAUGGGAGGCAUUAAGUAUUUCUCUUUUCCGUAGGUCAGUAUGUAUGUACACAAGUCCCUAAGCUUGUGCUUUCAACUGCUCUGUAAUUACUGUGUGGAUUUUGUUCAAACUUUAACAGUUAAAUUUCCUUGAUGAUUGUAAAAUAAGGAAUUUUGCCUGAAAAAAAGUAAUAUGGCUGCAACCCAUUUUAGAAGAAUUAUGGCCCUUUGUCUGCUCUUCAGGUCUUAGAGCUUGUGUUUUUGACUUCUCUUUAACUAUUGGUUGAUCUCACUCAAACUUUCACAUUUGAAUCACCUUAGUGUUUUGAUGAUUGUAAAGAAAGGCAUUUUGGAUUGGUCGAGUUUGGGCAGAAUUAUGGCCCUUUGUCUAUGUUUUCUCUUUAGAUUAUUAAGUCCCAACAAUUUUUGUUUUCAGUUACAUGUAAUCUUAAAUUUUACUGGUCGGAUCGCGCUCAAACUUAUGAAAUUAUAAAUAAAGUUUGGCUUCUACCAAUGUUGGCAGAGCUUUUACCCAUUGUUUGUUUGUCUGCUUCAGAAUAUAUACAUGUAGUCUCAAAAAAAAUGUUUUCAACUCAUUUUAAACUUUUUUAUGGUUUUGCUUAAACUUAAACAGCUGAGAAGCUUAAUUUGAAAAAGAUUGUGUAGAGUGGAAUUUAGGCUACUUUUUUGAUCCAAUUAUUGCGCCUUGUCUGUUAGCCCCAAUUUUUGUGUCAAUACUUCUAACAAUAUGGCUGAUUUGGCUGGAAAUAUCAUAGCUGAAUGACCUAAAUGUGUAGAUGAUAGUUUAACAAGGAAUUUUGACCAGCUUUGACUGAAUAAUAUACCUUUUAUUAGAUAUUGUGUCAACCAAAGAAUAUAUAGUAGAUUUGUUAGUGUCGGAAAAUAUAUUAUGUUGUCAUCAGUGUAUGUGACUUAUUCCUAGUUAAAUAAGUUUUUGAUACAAAAUGUUUUGCUUGUUUUUAAACAUGCACUAGUAUGAUGUCUCGACUCAAUAUUACUGAUGAAUGUGUUAAGUUAAUUAACUGUUUUUUUCAUCAACAAUGUGUUAUUAACUAUGCCAGUAGAUUAUACUUUAUUAUAUAUUUAUGUGAAAUCAUAUGAUUGUUAAUUCAGUACUGAUUACAUGCAGCAUAUUUUUUCUUUGCUGUUUUGGAAAGAAACAUUAUAAUGUUCAUAUAAUAUGCCUGAUAUGUACCUGUGUAUAUUUGUCAUGUAGUUUAAUAUGCAUUUAUUUAUUUAUUGAUUUGUGUUUUAUUCAAAUCAAUGUGGUGGGCAGAAACAUGUAAAUUAUGCAGUAGUGUUUACUGUAUUGUACACGGAGCAUAUGUUUGAAAAUAACUUGUCACAAAAAGUCACAAGAUGAAUGUCUGCUAUGUCUUAUAGAGAAUACUAUGUUAGUGUGAUUGUGUACUUAAAUUUAUCCCACGAGUGAAGAAAGGUUUACAUGGCGAGGCUUGCCGAGCCUUGUAAGCCUUUCUGACAAGAGUGGGAUAAAUCUAAGUACACAAUCACACUAAAAUAGUAUUCUAUUUAUCCUACAAUAUUGUUUUUUUUAAUUUAUUCCUUAAAUAAAAGCAAAAACACAUUAAAUUAACUGAAUCUUACAUUGCGUAGUAAUAUUUAUUGUGAUCUUUCCUGUUUACGGAAAUCGAAAUAGUCCUUAAGAAUUCCACGCAAAAGAAAAGUAACGAGACAAAAUAUCGCUUAAGCCUCUAUUCAAAUUUAAUCAGCGUUCCAAAUGUAACACACUCAAGUAGAACACAGACGGUUGUGUUCAAACUACAAUUCUUGUUUCACCACUGUAAAAAAACAAAAAACAAACAUGACUCCCGCCAUUUUGAAAUUUACAAAAUGUGUAGACACAUACCGUGGCUACGUGAAGCAUGAUUCAGCAGUUAUUUCCGCCGAUAUUGUUAAUUUUAGUCUUUAAACAACUCUUCUUUUUACACACUUUAUACUUACUUACAUAAAAGUAUUGUUCUACUCACUGAAGUUGUAUAAUAACCACGUCCAUGUUUAUUGUCGUAAUGUUUAAUUUGCUUCUAUGACGAGUUAAAAUUCUAGACAAAUUUCUUCAUCGCCAUCCAUCUUUUCCAUUUUAAAGCACUGGAUGUAAGCAGGCAAUUCUUUGUGGAUAGACAUUCUUUGAUCGACUGACAAAGGAAUGACUAAACCAUCAAAGAAAUUACCAUUUUAAUUCGACAUCGAUUUCCUUUGAAAAGUUAAAGAACAAUUCACUGACACUUUUCUUAAAUUUAAUCCAUCAAUUGUUCAACAAAACAUCGCGUUAUUCGAGUACAUUUGACAUUGAACUAAAUCGAAAAUGCAGUCUCACCUGUUUCAUUCCAGUUUUAUAUCCAAACACUGUGUUUUUCACAUUCAUAAUAUUAUAAUAAUCCAUCAUAAACACACACACUCGUUAAACGACUGCGUACCCAAUGACCUAAAUGACGCAAUCAGGGGUGAAAGGCCAAAAAAGUAGUCCCUAUAUACAUGUUCUAAAAAUAACUGCUAUAAACAGGAUCUAAAGAUAGCGAUAAAGAAAACCUUUUCUUUAUGAGUCGUAUUUGUUCUAUAAAAUCAUUUAGCUGUAGGAUAAAAGAUUUUAAAAGAUAGCUCUCUUGUGUUUUACUGAUAAGAACUUAUCAUGCACAUGUUUCAGAAGCAUUCUUUUUUCAACAUUAAUUUGUGUGUUGAAUUUAUCAAUACAUAAGGUUUUUAAUGAGUAUUGAUCAUGCCUUAAAAACUUUGUUCAAGGAAGUUCCCAGACAAUCUUUACAGGUUUAGGUUAUACGGUUAUUCUUUCAAUGAUUUCAUGAUUAAAGUCCCUGUUCGCGGAAAAGAUCGUUGGUUUGCAUAGAAAUGAAAGCGAGAAAUAAACUUAACAUAAAUUCAUUUAAAUAUAUGUUUUGAAUCGAUAAAAUAAUAUAUAAAUUUUCAUAAAUACAUGCAAUAGGCGAAUAUCAUUGCAGCUUCGCGAGUUAUGCAAAUUAUAUCUAUAUUUAGCUUUCCCUAAACAUUAUUAGCAGAUGGAAGAUAAAAACAUAGAUUUAGCAAAAACAUAGCGUUGCAACUCAGUUUCCGUCUGUAACAGAUGUAUUUGCAUUUGUUCUUACCUUCUCUCCCCUAAAUUUUGUUAGCUCAUCUGAUUGCUCAGGUGAGCUUUUGUGACCGGUCUUUGUCCGUAGUCUGUCCAUCCGUCUGUUCACAUUUGUCAGUAAACACUCUAGAGGCCAGAUUUAUUGUCCGAUCUUCAUGAAACUUGGUCAGAAGCUUUGUCUCAAUGAAAUCUCGGUUGAGUUCGAAACUGGGUUGUGCCGGGUCAAAAACUAGGUCACAAGGUCAAAAAAAAGAAAAAACUUGUAAACACUGUAGAAGUCACAUUUCAUGCCCAAUCUUCAUGUUACUUUGUCAAAAUGUUUGUCUUAAUGAUAUGUUGGUUGAGUUCAAAAGUGGUUCCGGUCGGAUGAAAAUCAUGGCCGCCAGUGGGCGGGGCAGUUUUCCUUAUUUUUCUAUAUUUCUUGUAAACACUCUAGAAGUCACAAUUUUUGCCCAAUCAUCAUGAAAGUUGGAAAAAACAUUGGUUUUAUUGAUAUCUCGGACGAGUUCGAAAAUGGUCCAGAUCGGUAAAAAACAUGGUGGCCAGGGGGGGUGGGGCAGUUUUCCUUAUGUGACUAGAAAAAAACCUUGUGAUCGAACACUAUAGAAGUCACAUUUUUUGCCUAAUCAUCGUGAAACUUAGUCAAUAUAUUGGUUUUAUUGAUUUCUCGGACAAGUUGGAAAAUGGCUCAGAUCGGUAAAACACACUUUUUAGCUCACCUGAUUGCUCAGGUGAGGUUUUAGGAUUGGUCUUUGUCCGCUGUCAGCCCGUCCACAUUUGGUGUGUAAACACUCUAGCAUUCACAUUUCUCACGCAUUCUUUGUCAAAGUUGCUGAAAGAUCUCAGUCAAGUUUGAUAAUGAACAAAAUCACAUAAUUAAUGCCAUAAUUAUUGCCCUUAGAUUGUCCAAAUUUUCAUUAUAUUAUACAAAAUCCUUGUGAACUCUCUAGAGGUCACAAUUUCGCAUGUUUUACAAAAAAGCCCUUGUUGUAAGAAAAGUUUGAUGUUUGGUAAGAGGAGGCAACUCAAAAUAUAGGUCACCAGGUCAAAUUUUACAAAAACAAAAACACCAUACGCCAGAGUUUUUGUUCAGUAAUGAUUAAACUUGACCAGGAUGUUUGUCUGGACAAUAUCUAGGUCAAGUUUGAUGUUUGGUAAAGAUUGAAUGAACCAACUUCUCUCAGGUGAGCGAACUAGGGCCAUCUUGGCCCUCCUGUUUGUUAAGUUUUGAUUAACGUGUCGUAUCAUGAAUAUUAAUUAGGUCAUUUUCGUACUUUACCGUACUCGACCCCAAAAUAAAAAUGGCUAUAUUGUUUGUUUUCACCCGAUUUCAACCGGAUUUUCAAUAAAAACACGUUUUCUUACGAUUCUACCCAUAUAUAUAGCUAUGAACGGGGACUUUAAAAUGUAUCAUACCAUUUGCAUCAUGCGAAUAUGUGUCUUAUGGUAAAGAGCUACACUGUCCUCCAUAAAGUUACUCAAGGUUUCACUGUUUCAUUAGCAGACAGAGUAACUCCUAGGCUGUGCAGAUGCGCAGGCUGGUCUGGAGUUAACCUAGACACAUAUGGUUCUUGCAGAUGCUCAUAAUGUGAUUUGUAACUUGCUAUGAUGGGUUUUGAAUUUCAUUCUAUACAUGAUAUUUUUAAUUAUAGAGAUCGAUGGUCUUAUAAUUCUAAAAGAAAUGAUUAGUAAUUUAGUGCUUUUUGUGUUUAUGUGUUGUGUUCAUGGUAACAGUAUACUGUGAUGUGUAUUUUAUAAUGCCAAUAUUUUUUGUUUGUUUUACAAAUUACUGUUAUUUUAUCAGUAAGAUGCAACAUAUAAUGUGGUGUUGUUAUGCAAUAUAAUAUUACGUCAUAAAGCAGUGCAUAAGCUUUAAAUUGUUGCUUUUUGUCCCCUACCAGUGAAACCGGAGGGGACUUAUGGUUUGCGCUCUGUGUGUCCAUCAGUCUGUCACACUUUUCUGGAUCCUGCGAUAACUCAAAAAGUUCUUCAUAUUUUUUCAUGAAACUUGAAACAUGGAUAGAUGGCAAUAUGGAAAUUAUGCAUGUCAUUUCAUUUUGUUCCUACGUCAAAAAUUCUGGUUGCUAUGGCAACAAAUAUAAAAAUUAAAAAAAUAUUAAAUUCUUACAAUGGUGGAGUUUCACCGGUAGGGGAGGACCAUAUUGCUUGAUAAUAGUCUUGUUUAAUUUAGGAUGGUGAUUUGCUGUUAUUUAUUUCUUGAAUAUUUAAUAUGACCUAGUCAGCAUUGUUCAAACUUAUAGGAUUCUCCCACAAAGUUGGAGAUAUUAUAUUAUGUGUUUUUUCUUCCAUUAAAAAAAAGAAAAUUGCUAUUGUGUCCCAACAUAUGUUUUUUGUACUCAGUUAUUUAAUUUUAUCAUAGCAUGCUGUAGCCAAUUAAGGCAUAUUAUUUGAUAGUUCCUGUUAAAAAUAUGUACUUUCAGAGGUUGAAAUACUAAGCACUCUGAGGAAAAGGGGAUUAAUCCAUGUGCAUUAAUUGUAGUCCCAAAAACGCUUUUGUAGUCUGCACUGGCUAAUCAGGAACAACAUUAUAACAUUUUUGGAUUUUUUUUUAAGGUAGUCUCUUUUGAAUGUAUAUCCUGUCUAGGUGGAAAGUGUUGUCUCUGAUUUAGCCUGUGUUCACAGGCUUAUCAUUCUUAUUUCAACGAAAAAGUGUUACUUCUGUAUAUUAUUAGUUUUAAUCAAUUAAAUAAAAAAUGAUUGUCCAUCAUGUUGCCAUUGAUGCUAACGAAUGGUGGCAGGUGUAAAGAGAAUAACAAGUGCACAUUUAUCCUGCUUGAAUUUAUAUUUUGAAGUCUUCCUUAAUGUCGUUUUCUGCUCUUGUCAUUCAUACUAACAGUAUGCUUUGUGCUAAAUUAUUUUGAGAUGUUAUUGUUAACAUGUAUCAUAUAUAUUAUAUUUAUGAUAAAUACUAAGAUAUCUUUUUGUGUAAAGUGCUUAUAAUGGCAUGCAUGCCACAUCAUGUGUUGGUUUUAUGUUUGCUAACUUUUCCAGUGAUAAAUGGAAUUUUUCAUUUUUUACCAAGUUUUCAAUGAAUUUGAAAAUCAUGUUUGUUGAAAUCCUGGUUAUUAGAUUGCGGUAAUGCAACAUGUUGCAGGUUGUUUCUAUUCAAUAACUUUAGUUUGCAUGGACCAAUCUUAAUGAAUCUUGUGAUAUAGCGAGCUUGCAUGAUAAACUAGGUUAGGGUUGUAUUUCAGGUAUUAUGGAACAAUAUUAGGGUCGCUGUUCCUUAAAAUAUAAAAGCAUCACAUUAUAUUGAGUUUGGAUGAUCAUGGAAAUAUAGAUAUUUCAAUGAAAUUGUGUAGGUAGCUUGCAUGAAGGCUUUCCUUUGUUUGUCAUAGGGGCAAGGUAGGGCAAGGUCAAGAUCACUGUAACUUAGAUUUGAAAUAAAAGCAAAUGGGUGUUUUCUGGUUCAUAAUUGAAGUUGCACAUCUGUCAUACAACUUUAGCUAUAGAAAGCUUUAUCUAAUUCCCUCCUAGGGGUUGUAUUCUGGUUGUUUCGGGUCAAGCUGACUGCUUUCUUAAAGUAGAUAAAACAAUUGUUUUAGCUCUGCAAUUUCAGUUAUAAUGAAGUAAUUGUCUGUGUUUAGCUUAAACAAAGAUCUAGUUUUAAUUGCAUUUGGAGCCAGACGGCUAAAGGCCAAGAUCACUACUUCUACAAACGAAAAGUGGAUCGCUAAUUUCCUGUCUAUAACUUUAGCUCAGGAUUAUGUAGGUUUGCAUGGAAACCUUAUUUGGGAUUGUAUGUUUGGGAGUGUGUGCAAAUGUGUAGGUCACUGUUACUACAAAUAUAAAAAAUUGUGAAUUCUAAAUAAUUUAAGUCUUAUUUGAGGUAUUUGACCUGAAAUUGCGUGUAUAUGUAGCUUGCAUGCAGGCCGAGCUUGCGAUUGCAUAAAAACAUUCAUUCUAAUUUUAGCUCCACUGGCCAGAGGCCAGCGGGGCUUAUGUCAUGGUCCUGUGUCCGUCGUGUGUCCUUGCGUUAACUUUUUCUUUAAACAUCUUCUCCUCCUAAACUACAAGUCCAAUUCUGAUAAAACUUCACACAAAUGUUCCUGGGGUGAACCUCUUUCAAAUUUGUUCAAAUUAUGCCCCUGGGGUCAAAUUAGAACCCGCCCCAGGGGUCAAUAAAUUGAACAUAUGCUUAUAUAAAGCCUAUUUUGUGCAAACUUUCAAAAUCUCUUGUCCAUAACCAUUGGGCCUAGUGCUACCACAUUUGGUAUGUAUUGACAUUUAAUAGUUCUCUACUUUGUUUGUUCAAAUUAUGCCCCUGGGGUCAAAUUUGACCCUGCGCUGAGGGUCACAAAAAUGAACAUAUGCUUAUAUAAAGCCUAUUUUGUGAAAACUUUAAAAAAAUUCUUGUCCAUAACCUUAGGGCCUAAGGCUACCUAAUUCGGUAUGGAGUGACAUCUAAUAGUUCUCUACUGUUUGUUCAAAUUAUGCCCCUGGGGUCAAAUUUGACCCUGCCCCGGGGGUCACAAAAAUGAACAUACACUUAAAUAAGGCCUCUUUUGUGCAAACUUUAAAAAUCUUCUGUCCAUAACCGUAUGGCAUAGGGCUACCAAGUUUGGUAUGUAGUGACAUCUAAUGGUCCUCUACCAAGUUUGUUUAAAUUAUGCCCCUUGGAUCAAAUUUGACCGUUCCCCAGGGGUCACAAAAUUGAACAUAUGCUUAUAUUGGGCCUAUUUUGUGCAAACUUUAAAAAUCUUUAUGUCCAUAACCAUUGGGCCUAUUUCUACCAAAUUUAGUAUGUAUUAUAAUCUUAAAAUUCUCUACCUAAGUUUUUUUCAAAUUAUGCCCUUGGGGUCAAAUUUGACCUUGUCCCAGGUUUCACAAAAAUGAACAUAUGCUUAAAUAAGGCCUAUUUUAUGCAAACUUUAAAAAUCUUCUUGUUCAUAAUUAUAGAACCUAGGGCUACUAAAUUUGGUAUGUAGUGACAUCUAAUAGUCCUCUACCAAAUUUGUUCAAAUUAUUCCCCUGGGCUCAAAUUUGACCCCGCCCCGGGGGUCACAAGACUGAACAUAUGCUUAUAUCAAGCCUCUUUUGUGCAAACUUUAAAAAUCUUCCUGUCCAUAACCAUUGGACCUAGGGCUGCCAAAUUUGGUAUGUAGUGACAUCUUAUAGUUCUCUACCAAGGUUGUUCAAAUUAUGCCCCUGGGGCCAAAUAUAUCCCUUGAAGGCUCCCAUUAAAAAGUUGUUAAAGAAAAUUUGAUUCGUCAAAAAACAUUGCCACAGGGUAUUUUGCAUAUGUCAUGAACUAUAUAAGUAACAGAAACUUUGAAACCUACAAACACUUUUUGGAAUUUCGGAAAAAGAUUCAUGAUUGAAUGAAGGAACUUUCAUUAAUCUUGUAGAACAUGGGUAGAUUUGAUCUUCAGCAUCUAAAAAUAUGUGAAAUAGAAAGAACGACAAUAUCUUUUGGAGAGAUAAAUGUACCUACGUUAUAACCUGUGCGACAAUUCCCGGGCUUUUUUCCGUAGUAACGUUUUCCAUAUAUAAAAAUGCUCACCCUUCCAACUUUAAGCUCCCAGUGGGACGAGGGAUAGAAAGAGAAAGUCACAUGCUUGAGUACAUUUCAACCCAUGCGCAUUGCACGCUUUUUUCGCAUUAAAAACAGUGGAGCGAUACAGGGCCAUCAUGGCCCUCUUGUUUCCUCAAAAGCAUCAUAUUCUUUUUUAUGGCUGUACCUUUGAAGGUAUUUUAAGGUAUUUAGCCGUGUUGAAUCUUCCAGUAUGAACUAUUUCAGCACUAGCAAUAUCCCCUUAAAAUGAUUUUUUUUUCAAAAUACGGUAUCUAAUUGGUUAAAUUGUCAACAUUUGAGCUGUCAUGUUUUGUCCUCAUAACUAUGUUGGCCCAUGGCAAGAAGAUUAUGUAAAACACAUGUCAGUCCAGUUUUCUAUGUGGAAGUGUUGUUAUACAUUUUGUUCCAGGUGACACAUGUAACAGCGAAUAAGCAUUUAGGCUACCAAGUAUUCGAUUCAUGCAACCUCUA